AGUCCCACACUUUUUUCUUCUUUAUUCUUCCUUCACCUCACCGGUACUACUCCAUUUUAUACUCAUUAAUUAAAGAUUUAUAAUUGUGACAUUCAAGAGGAUUUCAAGGAUUCGGCCAAGCUCCAUUCGAGAGCUAUCAAUGCUGGGUCUGCAUUCCUGAGCCGAGGGUCUAUUGGAAACAACCUCUCUAUCCUCACAAGAGUUUGCAUUGGCACCAUGGCUAAAUCCAAAGCAGAUGAGAAGAUUCUCGGCUACAACGAUGUUGUUCUCAGGCGAUCAGAUUUGGACAUUCUCAAUGGUCCUAAUUAUCUCAAUGACCGCAUCAUUGAGUUCUAUUUUAGCUAUCUUAGCUCAAGCUUUCCAUCUGACGUCAUAUUGCUGGUACCACCUUCUAUUGCUUUCUGGAUUAAAGAGUGUCCUGAUCCUGCAAGCCUGAAGGAUUUCAUGGAACCACUUCAUCUUUCUAGAAGGAAGUUGAUUCUCUUACCUAUCAACGAUAAUUCUGAUGUGUGCAUGGCUGAAGGUGGGAGUCAUUGGAGCUUGCUGGCUUUUGAGAGAAACUCCAAUGUAUUUGUACAUCAUGACAGCAUCUACGGGUUCAUGAAUGAGUAUCACGCCAAACAAGUAUACGAGGUUACUCUUCCUUAUACAGCAUCCAGCGCCACUUACAAAGAAUGUCCAGGCACGCCAAAGCAAGUGAAUGGUUAUGAUUGUGGCGUGUAUGUCUUAGCGAUUGCACGAGUCAUCUGUCAAUGGUAUGUUAGCAGUGGAACCCAAGAUGCAGAUACUCUGUGGUUCUCCCAUUUGGAACAGGUCAGUCCAAGUGCUGUUUCUACGAUGCGUAAUGAGAUUCUGGGUUUAAUAAAAGGUCUGAUGGCUGCACCUAAGAGUGUGGCGUAACCUCAAUGAAGUGGGUGAAAAUCAUGGAUGAACGAUGCUUAAAUUUUAGCAUAGACCAAACACACUAGGUAAUUUUUUCUCAGUGUACCUAACGUUUGUGCAAAAUUACUCGGUACUUGUGUUGAUGGGAGAUAGCAGAAUUGUCAAGGUGUGCGCAAGUUGGAAUUGUUAUAUUAAAAUAUAAAACUAAAAGGCUUGAUGACAGGGAGCUGCUCAUGUUCAGUUAAGAGUUUCUACUUGGCAGAUAAGGGGUUUAGAUGCAAAAUUCCGGACUUGUACUUUUAUACGCCUUACGUGUACUCUGAGGCGGAUGCAAUGUGGUAGUUAUGAGUUCAAUUGAAUCCAUAUCUUUCGACGUGGAGUAGAAA